AUCCAACCAUUCACAAUACCUCCCUCAAGGGCAAAUAUGGAAACACAAAAAUAUAAUCUAGUCAAAAAUCUCAUUUUUCUUACACUUUCCAUCCUUAUGUUGACUUCCAUAUCAACAACUUUAAAACAUACUUCCCUAUAUCUUGCCAUAUUUGUCCCCAUCAUAUUAUACUUUGUCCAUUCUAUUAUCUCUUCCCAUGCACAAAAUUCCCAAAAUACCCCUCCUAGUCCAUUCUCCCUUCCAAUUUUUGGCAAUUGGCUCCAAGUAGGAAACGACCUCAAUCACCGUCGUUUAGCCGCCCUUUCCAAGACCUAUGGCUCCGUCUUCCUCCUCAAACUCGGUGUUCGAAACCUGGUAGUGGUUUCGAACCCCGAGCUAGCAAAUAUUGUCCUCCAUGCACAAGGGGUAGAGUUUGGAUCGCGUCCUAGCAAUGUCGUCUUCGACAUCUUCACCGGAGGCGGAAAAGACAUGGUUUUCACCGUGUACGGUGAUCAUUGGAGGAAAAUGCGACGGAUAAUGACAUUGCCAUUCUUCACUAACAAAGUUGUGAAUACAUAUAGCCAUAUGUGGGAGGAAGAAAUGGAGAAAGUUGUAAGAGAUUUAAAGGGUAAUGAUCAAAUAAUUGGUAUUAAAGCAAAAAAUGAAGGGUUUGUUAUAAGAAAGAGGCUUCAACUUAUGUUAUAUAAUAUAAUGUAUAGGAUGAUGUUUGAUGAAUGUUUUGAGUGUAUGGAGGAUCCUAAGUUUUUGGAGGCGACAAAGUUUAACUCUGAAAGGAGUAGAUUGGCUCAAAGUUUUGAGUAUAAUUAUGGAGAUUUUAUUCCUUUGCUUAGACCAUUUUUGAAUGGAUAUUUGAACAACUGUAGGGACUUGCAAAAAAGAAGGCUGGCUUUCUUCAAUAAUUACUACGUCCAGAAAAGAAGGAAAAUAAUGGAUGCAAACGGAGAGAAGCACAAGAUAAGCUGUGCAAUAGACUACAUAAUUGAAGCCCAAAAGAAGGGAGAAAUCAGUGAGGAAAGUGUUCUCUACAUUGUGGAAAACAUCAAUGUAGCCGCCAUUGAAACCACUUUAUGGUCCAUAGAAUGGGCAAUAGCUGAGCUAGUAAACCACCCCAAUAUCCAACAAAAAAUCCGCCAUGAAAUCUCCACAAUUCUCAAAGAAAACCCAGUUACAGAAUCAAAUCUCCAAGAAUUACCUUAUUUACAAGCAACCAUAAAAGAAACCCUAAGGUUACACACCCCUAUACCCUUAUUAGUACCCCAUAUGAACUUACAAGAAGCUAAGCUUGGUGGGUAUUUAAUACCAAGCGAAUCGAAGGUGGUGGUGAAUGCGUGGUGGUUGGGUAACAACCCUGAGUGGUGGAGGGACCCACAAGAGUUUCGUCCUGAGAGGUUUCUUGAGGAAGAAGUUAGGGUUGAUGCGACAACCGUGGGUGGUGGAAAGGUGGAUUAUAGGUUCUUACCGUUUGGUGUAGGAAGGAGGAGUUGUCCUGGAAUUGUAUUAGCUAUGCCUAUUUUGGGGUUGAUAAUAGCAAAAUUGGUGAGUAAUUUUGAGAUGAAACCUCCAAAAGGGGAAGAAAGGAUUAAUGUGAGUGAGAAAGGAGGGCAAUUUAGUUUGCAUAUUGCCAAUCAUUCAACUGUCAUCUUCACUCCUAUUUAAGCUUGUUUCUAAGAGUUUGUUUCUUGUAUUAUGUAUUAGUGUUUUUAAACAAUACCUGUAAAAUUUAAGAGUUUUAAUGUAAUAAAUAUUAUUUAUUUGUUAUUAUACAAUGGAAUAAAGAUUCUCUACUUAUUCUUUGAUUAUGG